UUUUUCGCCGGAAGUGCUGAAAGUGGCAGGCGCACGCUGUCGUUUGUGCUGACAAAAAGCAAUCCUGGAUCUUAAAUUUCAUCGCAAUCAGUACACACUUGACGGAAUACGUUUUUUCACUCGGUAACAGAGGUAACUUUCUACUGGAAUGUCCCGUUUCUUCGCAACUGGAUCCGACUCCGAGUCGGAGGAGUCAUCGUCCGCAGAUGAGAUCACCCCCAAAGCAACCGGGACUACUUUCACCAAGCAGAACCUGUUGCUUAGCGACGAUGAGGAGGACACGAAGAGGGUGGUUCGUAGUGCCAAGGACAAGAGGUUCGAGGAGCUCACCAACCUGAUCAAGACCAUCCGCAAUGCCAUGAAGAUCAAGGACAUAUCCAAGUGUCUGGAGGAGUUUGAGCAACUAUGUCGAGCGUUCGUCAAGAGCAAAAACAUAGUGGACAAGGAGGGCGUUCCCAAGUUCUACAUCCGACUGCUUGCUGACCUGGAGGACUACCUCAACCAGCUGUGGGAGGACAAGGAGGGCAAGAAGAAGAUGAACAAGAACAACGCCAAAGCCCUGAGCACGCUGAGGCAGAAGAUCCGCAAGUACAACCGCGACUACGAGAACGAGAUCAGCAACUACAAAGAGAACCCUGAUCAGUCUGCAGAGGAAGAGGAGGAGAAGGAUGAAGCUGAGUCCGGCUCGUCCUCUGACAGUGAUGACGACGGGGGAGAGGAGGUGACGGCGAAGAGCUUCAUGAAGAAGAAACCUCCCGCUGAGCCAGUGCCGGACGCCAGCAAGUUCCUCAAGGGGGCAGCGGAUGAAGAGUCGUCCAGCGACAGCGACGAGGAUGAUGAAGACUGGGGCUCAGAGAGCGUGGAGAGCGGCAGCGACAGUGAAGAGGGAGACGGCAACGCUUCCUCUCUCGCCGUCGUCUUCCUCAAGAAGACGCAGGGGCAAGAUGGCGAGCGCGCGGCCACUGACCGCAAGAAGGAGAAGCGCAAGCCGAAGGUCAAGCUGGAGCGCACGGAGGAGGAGGAGGGCGACGAGCAGCAGGACGAGGAGGCGGGCUGGGAGAAGGUCAAAGGGGGCGUGCCUCUGGUCAAGGAGAAGCCCAAGAUGUUUGCCAAAGGCACUGAGAUCAACACAGCCGUGGUGGUCAAGAAACUCAAUGAGAUCCUGCAGGCCAGAGGCAAGAAGGGCACAGACAGAGCUGCCCAGAUCGAGCUGCUCCACGCCCUGUCGGCCAUUGCUGCGGAGAACAACCUGGGCGAGGGCAUCCUGGUCAAGAUCCGCUUCAACAUCAUCGCCUCCCUCUACGACUACAACCCCAACCUGGCCGCCUUCAUGAAGGCUGACAUGUGGAAGAAGUGCCUGGACUGCAUCGAUGAGUUGCUGGAGAUCUUGUUCAACAACAACAACAUCUUCAUCGGAGAGAACAUUGCUGAGGACAGCGAGAACCUGGCCAUCUCCGAGCAGCAACCCUUCAGAGUGCGUGGCUGCAUUCUGACCCUGGUGGAGAGGAUGGACGAGGAGUUCACUAAGAUCAUGCAGAACACAGACCCCCACUCCCAAGAGUACGUGGACAACCUGAAGGAUGAGGCGCGUGUGUGUGCCAUCAUCGACAGGCUGCUGGAGUACCUGGAGGCCAAGGGCAGCACGGAGGAAGUGUGCCGCGUCUACCUGCGCCGCAUCAUGCACACCUACUACAAGUUCGACUACAAGGCCCACCGCCGCAGCCUCGGCCUGCAGGGGGAGAGCAAGUCGGAGCAGGACCAGGAGGAGAGUGAGGGCGAGGACAGCGCCAUCAUCAUGGACAAGCUGUGCAAGUUCAUCUACUCCAAGGACCGCACGGACCGCAUCAGGACCUGCGCCAUCCUGUGCCACAUCUACCACCACGCGCUGCACUCGCGCUGGUACCAGGCCCGCGACCUCAUGCUCAUGAGCCACCUGCAGGACAACAUCCAGCACGCAGACCCACCUGUGCAGAUCCUGUACAACAGGACGAUGGUGCAGCUGGGCAUCUGUGCGUUCCGGCAGGGCAUGAUCAAGGACGCCCACAACGCGCUGCUGGACAUCCAGUCGAGCGGCCGCGCCAAGGAGCUGCUGGGCCAGGGCCUGCUCAUGAGGAACAUGCAGGAGAGGAACGCCGAGCAGGAGAAGAUCGAGAAGAGACGACAGGUGCCGUUCCACAUGCACAUUAACCUGGAGCUGCUGGAGUGUGUGUACCUGGUGUCGGCCAUGCUGCUGGAGAUCCCCUACAUGGCGGCGCACGAGUUCGACGCACGCCGCAGGAUGAUCAGCAAGCAGUUCCACCACCAGCUGCGCGUAGGAGAGAGGCAGCCCCUGCUGGGUCCUCCUGAGAGCAUGCGUGAGCACGUGGUGGCGGCCAGCAAGGCCAUGAAGAUGGGCGACUGGCGCACCUGCCACGGCUUCAUCAUCAACGACAAGAUGAACAGCAAGGUGUGGGACCUCUUCCCAGAGACCCAGUGUGUGCGCCAGAUGCUCGUCAGGAAGAUCCAGGAGGAGUCUCUACGCACAUACCUGUUCACGUACAGCAGCGUCUACGACUCCAUCAGCAUGGAGACGCUGUCAGAGAUGUUUGAGCUGGAGUUGCCCACAGUGCACAGUAUCAUCAGCAAGAUGAUCAUCAAUGAGGAGCUCAUGGCGUCGCUGGACCAGCCGACCCAGACGGUGGUGAUGCACCGCACAGAGCCCACUCCGCUCCAGAACAUGGCGCUGCAGCUGGCCGAGAAGCUGGGCGGCCUCGUGGAGAACAACGAGCGCGUCUUCGACCUCAAGCAGGGCGUCUACGGGGGCUACUUCAACAGAGACCAGAAAGGAGGAUACCAGCAGAAGCAAGGCUACCAGAGAGGAGAGAGUGGCGGCUACCAUCAGAAGCAAGGUUACCAUCGAGACCAAAGUGGCGGAUACCAACAGAAGCAAGGUUAUCAUCGAGACCAGAGUGGCGGCUACCAGCAGAAGCAAGGGUACCAUCGAGACCAGAGUGGCGGCUAUCAACAGAAGCAAGGCUACCAUCGAGACCAGAGUGGCGGCUACCAGCAGAAGCAAGGCUACCAUCGAGACCAGAAGGGCGGCUACCAGCAGAACAAGGGCGGGUACCAGGGCGGCUACCAGGGAGGCUACCAGAGAGGAGGCUACCGCAACCAGAACCAGAGCAACUACUGAUGCUGAGGCACUCUCCGUGGCAACCGCAUCCUAUCUCCAUUCCAAACCCCCCCAUCUGGUUACAGCACUCCACCCGUCUCUGCUGCUGCUGAUGAUGAUGCUGCACACCCCAACCCCCCCACCCCACCCCGCCCCACCCCCGCCUCUCACCGGACUCCCCCCUGUCCACUGCAGAGGCUAGUUUUUAAUACGUUAAAUAUUCUAUGCUGUUAAACAAGAACAGCAGCAGGCAGAUGCCUGCCCCAUUGUGUUCUCUCUGAAGAGACGCUUGACCCGAGGCCUUGGUCUCCCUGGACCAGGCUGUUCUAAGCAGUGGACUUUUGAUGCAAAGAGAGUUUGGAUGUGCGGUUCUUGUGGCAGAUUUGCUCAUUAGAACACGGAGUGGAGUUCUGUAGCCUGAUUAUUAUAAUAAUAAACAUUAUUCACAAUUA